AUGCACAGGAACCGCACUUACAGCGGGAGCAGUGGCGGCAGUCAUCCCAGCAGUCGCAGCAGCAGUCGUGAAAACAGCGGCAGUGGCAGUGUGGGUGUUCCCAUCGCUGUGCCCACACCCUCUCCACCCAGCGCCUUCCCAGUUGCUGGUGCCAGCACACCCUCAGCUCCGACUAACUCUGCUCAGCCUUCUGUUACGUCCUCUAAUUUAACCCCCACACAGCCCUCAGCCAACCCCACCUCAAUCCCUGAAUCUCUCCCCACUCACCCCGACUCUACUGAGAGCUCUCUGACCUCAGAUAAUGGCUCUCCUCCCUCUCAACCACCCCUCGCUUCAGAUGAAGCUAGUUCUACAUCCAGCACCAACCCUGGGACAGGUGGUCCUCAGUUCUACAGUAUGAACAGGCCCGUCCCCAGGCAGAUCUCCCCCACAGUGGGGGGUUCGCUGCCUUAUCGCCGAGCACCCUCGAUCUCGGGUCAGACUUCCAUGCCCCCCAGCCAACAGAACGGAGGACCCCAUUACAAUCAGAACCAAGCCUCAGUGGCCCCCCCUCCCCCCUCCGUACUGCAGAUCACACCCCAGCUUCCACUGACGGGUUUUGUGGCUCGCGUACAGGAAACCAUUUCAGAUGCGCCUCCUCCACCUCCCCCUUCAGAAGAGCCGGUGUUUGAGGAGACACAAAACCCAGUUCCACCCCCAGAAGACUACGAGGAAGAGGAGUCUUCUGUGGUGGAGUACAGUGACCCCUAUGCUGAAGAAGACCCACCCUGGGCUCCACAAACUUACGUGGAGAAAGUGGUGGCAAUCUACGACUACACGCAGGACAAGGAAGAUGAAUUGUCUUUCCAGGAGGGAGCCAUCAUAUACGUCAUUAAAAAGAAUGACGAUGGCUGGUUCGAAGGUGUGAUGAGCGGCACUACAGGACUCUUCCCUGGAAAUUACGUGGAGUCCAUCAUGCACUACACGGAGUGAGAGCGUCCUCCGUCUCUCCCCCAACCCUCAACGCCCACCAGCGCUAAUCUUACACUGCAGAAGAGUGCAUGUGUGCAUACAAACCAUGCUAAUAACAGGCCGUGAGACUUCAGAGAUGAGAGGUGCAACUGAAGAGAGGAAGCGACUUGGAGCCGGAAGACAGAGAAAAACACUAUUAGAGAAAUAAAACUAUAUUAAUAAACGCCAAUAAUAUGUUUACUGUUGAAUGAAGGAUACAGAGUUUUGAAGUUCGGGAUAAGCUAGAUUUAGUGCGAGUACAUUUUUAUUUUUGGAUAUUUCAUAACCUUUGCUCGUUCCACAGCAUUGUGGUGUUUUGGAAGGCAGCGCGGGGGCUGACUGACGUCUGAAAUGGAUUUGUUUUUGUUUUUUGAACGGUCUGAGGUGGAUUCGGGGUGCGCUUUACAGUGAGCUCACGCUCAAAAAGGGAGUUCAUUACAUUUAUGUUGGAGCAAGGAAAGUGUGGAACUGAACAGAAAAAGCCAAUAUAGAGAAGAAGCUUUCUAUUUAUUACAUGAUGUGACAGCUCAAGGUUUUUAAAUUUGUUUGUAAAGUGUUUUAAGUAAUUGUUUGAAUUAUCCUCUCCCAUCUAAUUAAAAUCAGUUUGAGCCAGAUGAUAUAGGAAAUAUUUGCACAAAGGUCUCACCCUGGUUUUACUAUAUUGAUUAAAUGUAUUUAAUGUUUGUUUUUCCCCCCUGAGAAUCGGUCAGCCCCAACACAAAUGCAGUAGACAUAUCUAAUAACCUCAUGAACUGUUUUACUUUUUGUUUGUUUUACAUUUAAAUAUUGUGUCAUG